AUGGUUUCCAAAAUGAUGACUGUCUUGUCAUUUCUACUUGGUCUCAUUUUUGCAUUUCUUCUGUUUGAAAGGAGUGAUGCUUGGUUGUAUGCCUCUUCUGAAGUGAAUAUGACUUAUGAACAGGCAAGGAAAUAUUGUCAGGAAAGAUACACAGACCUGGUUGCCAUUCAGAACAAGAAUGAAAUUGAAUACCUGAAUAGAACACUAAGACACUCCCCAAGUUACUACUGGAUUGGAAUCAGAAAAAUCAAUGGCGUCUGGACCUGGGUGGGAACACAGAAGCCACUUACCGAAGAGGCCAUGAACUGGGCUCCUGGUGAACCCAACAAUAAGCAAAAUAAUGAGGACUGUGUGGAGAUCUAUAUCCAGAGGAAAGUAUCCUCGGGCAUGUGGAAUGAUGAGAGGUGCACAAAAGAAAAGCUGGCCUUGUGUUAUACAGCCUCCUGUACCAGCAAUUCCUGCAAUGGCCAUGGGGAGUGUGUGGAGACCAUCAACAACUUUACUUGCCAGUGCUAUCCGGGGUUCACUGGGUCCCAGUGUGAGCAUGCUGUGACCUGUGAAUCUCAGGCCAAUCCCGAGCAUGGCGUCCUGGUUUGCAGCCAUCCAGUGGGGUAUUCCAAUUCUUCCUGCUCUGUCAAUUGUGAAGAAGGCUACGUUCCAACCAAUGCUAACUCAGUGCAGUGUACUUCUUCUGGAAAAUGGAGCGGACCUAGCCCUACUUGUAAAGUGGUAGAGUGUGAUGCACUGACAAGUCCUGCUCAUGGAUUCAUGAAUUGUUCCCAAAGCUCUGGAAUGUUUCCAUGGAAUACAACUUGUGUCUUCGAUUGUGAGUCAGGAUUUGAGCUAAAGGGAUCCAAGAAGCUUCACUGUAGCUCAUCUGGGAAGUGGGACAUGGAGAAGCCAAUAUGUCAAGUGGUGAAAUGUAAUGCUCCCAGCCAGCCCCACAACGGCUUUGUGAAGUGUGCCCAUCCCCCCACUGGAGACUUUACCUACCAAUCAGUCUGCAAUUUCAGCUGUGAGGAAGGCUUUGAACUGAAAGGAUCAUCGCAGCUUGAAUGCACAGCUCAGGGGGAGUGGACACAGCAAUUCCCAACCUGCGAAGCUAUACAGUGUAAAGCUCCCACCAGGCCAGAGAGAGGCCACAUGGAAUGCCUUCCUAGUUUUUCUGGAAGUUUCCAAAGUGGCUCCAGCUGUGAGUUCUCCUGCGAGGAGGGAUUUAUGUUGAAAGGAUCCAACAGACUCCAGUGUAACUUAACAGGCGAAUGGGACAAGGAGGAGCCCGUGUGUGAAGCUGUGAAAUGUGAUGUUGUGAGCCAGCCCCAGAAUGGCUAUGUGAGGUGUGCCCAUCCCUCCACUGGAAACUUCACCUAUCAGUCAGUCUGUAGCUUCAGCUGUGAGGAAGGAUUUGCAUUGCAAGGAUCACCCCAAUUUGAGUGCAUGGCCCAGGGGCAGUGGACACAGCAAAUGCCAACCUGUGAAGUGGUAAAAUGCUCUAUCCUGAAAGUCCCUGAGGAGAUCAACAUGACCUGCGAUGGAGAUGGGAAUUUUCUCUAUGGCACCAGAUGUGUGUUUGAAUGCCCCGAGGGAUGGAAACUCAAUGGCUCAGAUUCCUUGGCAUGCAGAGCCACAGGAAGCUGGUCUGGGAUGCUGCCUUCCUGUGAAGCUCCUGAGGAGUCAAAUACUUCCCUGGUCAUUGGCCUGGCUACUAGUGGGACCUCCCUCUUGACAACAGCAUCAUUUCUUCUUUGGCUCGCAAAACGUCUUCGAAAGAAAGCAAAGAAAUUUUCUCCUGCUAGUAGCUGCCAGAGUCUUGAUUCAGAUGGAACCUACCAAGCUUCUUCUGAAUUAAUUUAA